AUGGGUGAUCCCCCUCCAAGCGUCGACAAUGGCGCGUCGAAUACUUUCCACACGCGUAACUAUCAACAGGAACUUCUCGAGGAGAGCUUGAGAUCCAACAUCAUCAUCGCGCUCGAUACGGGGUCUGGUAAGACUCACAUUGCUGUUCUGCGCAUGAAGCACGAAGCAGAGCGGGAACCGCGAAAGGUCUCGUGGUUCUUCGCGCCUACAGUGGCUCUUGUCGAACAGCAAUGUGCUGUGAUAAAGGAAACGAUCCCAGCUAUACUCAUGAUCUCCGGAGCAUCAGAGCCCGGCCAAUGGAAGGACCGGGCGCUGUGGCGACGUGUCCUGGAAGCUAACAGGGUCAUCGUAUCUACGCCACAAGUGCUGCUCGAUGCGCUGUUGCAUGGCUUCGUUGACCUAGGCAUGGACAUAGGUCUGCUUGUCUUUGACGAAGCCCACCAUGCAAUUUCGAAACAUCCGUAUAACAUGAUCAUGCAACAAUUCUACUUCCCACUAGACAAACGUACUCGGACAGCCGGAUCACAUGAGCGUGUCCGGCCCAUGGUCAUUGGUCUUACAGCUAGUCCAAUUUAUGGCGGUAACACGGAGGCCGCAUUCGACAAGCUCGAACGCAACCUCGACAGCAUCAUCCGUUCAUCGCGUAUGCACAGAGAGGAGCUCGCUCAACAUGUCCACAAACCGGUCUUUAAGCACGUCCUCUAUGGCCCUCCGUCAUACGAUUGGGAUACGCUACCAUCCUACAACACUUUCUCGCUCAAGACGGUGGUUGACUCACUCUCCAUCGAGAAUGACCCGAGCGUCAAAUCCCUGCGUAGUCAAUUGGCACGGGCACAUUCGGAUGAUGAACGGCGCCGCAUUGACCAGAAGCUGUCGAAGAUCAUCGACAAGGGUGAUACCUUCACCCACAAGGGCCUUAACGACUUUCUCAGAGCGGCUCAGGAGAUCUGCAUGUAUCUCGGCGAGUGGGCGGCGGACUGGUACAUCGUCAAGGUCAUCGAACAGGCGCGCCAUGCCGCGAACCCGUACAAUAACAUCAUGACCAGCUGGAAGGCAAAUGAGAAACACUACCUGCUCGACAACCUCGAUCAGGUGAACCUCGUGCCCCUCUCGUCGGACCCGGACGAGAUCCGCCGCAUGCUCGCGCCGAAGUUAGAGGCGCUGAUCGCGUGUUUGCUCGCAGAGGAGGAGGAGUUCCGGCUGGCGGACGAGACGUACAGCGGCCUCAUCUUCGUCACUCGGCGGGACACGGUGAUUGCCCUCGCGGAAGUGCUGUCCCGACUCCCAGAGACUGCGCAGCUCUUCCGCAUUGGCUGUCUCCUAGGAAGCUCGUCGAGUUUCAAGCGGCACUCUUUCCUCGAUAUCACCCGCGAGAUUGUCAAGGCCUCGCAGGUGAAAACGCUGGCGGAGUUCCGAGGCGGCGAUAAGAACCUGAUCGUAUCCACCUCCGUCGCCGAGGAGGGCAUCGACAUCCAGGCUUGCAGUAGUGUCACCCGCUUCGACCCUCCCCCGAACGUGGUCGCUUGGGCGCAGAGUCGAGGCCGAGCCCGGCAGCGGAAGAGUAGUUUCAUCAUGAUGUUGGAACAAGACAAGGAACACGAACAGGAGAUCCGGAAGUGGCAGACCAUCGAGCAGCAGAUGAUGGCUUUAUACACGGAUCCCGACAGGGUAGUUCCAGAAACAUUCGAAGAGGACGACCACGACGAGCGCACGUACACUGUUGAGUCUACCGGCGCUGUCCUCACGCUCGACUCCGUGACGAGUCAUCUAAAUCACUUCUGUGCUGUCCUGCCGAAUGCGGCGUACGGAGGACAGUUGGCUCUAUAUGAUCUCGAUCCACCCGACUACCCCGAAGAUUGGCACUCUCAGCAGGACCGCCUCAAGAACCUGCCGCCGUAUAAGGGCCCUUGGGGAGCCACUGUCACACUUCCGAGAUGUCUUCCACCCCAUCUCCGCAAGUUCUCCACGAAGCGGGAACACAACACGAAGCGUCUGGCACAGAAGCAUGCGGCGUUCGAUGCAUACGUCGCGUUGCACAAGGCCAAGCUGCUAGACGACCAUCUACUGCCUCUGAUGAGCGAGCUCGAACCUGACAAAGGGGAGGAAGUCAAGAAGCUACUCGCUGACAUCGAGAAGCGGGCUGGCACAGAGAGGGUAUCUAUACAGGCGGAUCCCUGGGCUCCGAAGACGGACGAAGACGCUUGGUGGAAAGCGGAGGUGAUCAUCGACGGCCUGCCGGCCUUGACAAUGUUGACGCCAAAUCCGCUGCCUACUUUCGCCAAGGAGGAGAUGCCGACUAUCUACAUCCCAGGACGCGGUGCUACUCACGUCAAAGUACGGCCAAUCGGGAAGAUGCAGCCUGAUUCGGCGUACCUCGAGCGUGCCCGCGUCUAUACUCAUCGCAUGUUCUCGACGCUGUACUUCGCGCGGAUGAGGCCAGACGACCAUGCGUUCGCCUACUUGUUUUUGCCGGUAGUGGAUGGUCCUGACGAGCACCUCUGGGAGGAACGACGGAAAUGGAUGGGAGACCGCAUCGAUCGGGGUACCGACGUUAACGAUCGGUUGGAGACAAGCAUGAGAGCAAACGCGGGUGUACUGCACAAGCAGUACGGACUUCCAACGGACUUGGCACUCGUUCGACCGAACGAGAAGUUCGGCAAGCUUUUCCAGUUCGUGCGCUGGUACAAUGGUCCGUUGGGUGUCGAAGACGAGGAGAGGAUGCGAGAGAGAUACGAAGGCUUCCCGGACGCGAAUAUCACAUUCCCUGUGCUUCAGGUCAAGCAGUUCCCUCAGCGAGCCAAUUUCCUGGCGCCACUGGCUUCCGACACGGCCGGUCUAGCUCGCGACGAGGCAAUUUAUCUUCUACCCCAGUAUACAACGAUCGAGCUCAUAUCGAAGGAAGAUCUGCAAUACGCUAUGUAUCUCCCUUCGAUCCUUCGUUGGAUGACUUGCGCUCUCACUAUCGUGUCCCUCCGCGACGAGCUGUUGCCUGCGGACUCGGUCGCACAAGUACCCUUCCAUCUCCUCCGGAUCGCGACUACGGCACCCGUCGCUCAAGAGACAAUGAUCGAUGAACAGCCGCUCAACUACCAACGUCUCGAGACCCUCGGAGACUGUGUUUUGAAGUGCUUGACGAGCACACAGCUUUUCGCUGAUCAUCCUCUAUGGCACGAAGGAUACCUCGCCAGACGGAAAGAUCACGCCGUCUCUAACGUCCAACUAGCCAAAGGAGCUAUCGAGAAAGGCUUGCAUAGGUGGAUCAUCCGAGACCGAUUCGUACCAAGGAAGUGGAAGCCUCGAUACCUGUUUGAACCCGUCGUCGAGGAGCCCGCCAGGCCUGAGACGAAGCCAACAGAGGAGCCAACAGAGGAGACGAAAGAGGAGACGAAAGAGGAUGGGAAGAAGAAGAAGAAGAAGCAGACGCAGGAGCUGUCGACCAAGGUCCUUGCGGACGUCGUGGAGUCCUUGAUCGGCGCCGCAUACGAGCAUGGAGGUUUUGAUCUGGCAACUGAGUGCAUAGCGACGUUCGGUCUAGGGUUGUCCUGGAAGAAUCUCUCGGUUCACAUUGACGAGGUACUGGCGAGGCACGAAGAGCUCGACGUGCCUCCUCCUCAGCUCAGCCUCGUCGAGCAGAUGAUCGGCUAUGAGUUCACGCGCAAAGCCUUGCUUAUACAGGCCCUGACGCACGCGAGCUACAACGGCGACUUGGCCUCCACGUCUUACGAACGACUAGAGUUCCUGGGGGAUUGCGCAUUGGACAUGAUCGUCACCUCCAUGCUCUUCCACGCGGAGGGGCAGAACUACAAGCCCGGGCACAUGCACCUGCGUAAGGAGGCACUCGUCAACUCCCACUUCCUCGCGUUCUUCUGUCUCAAGACGUUCACGAUCUGCGAGUCGCCGAACCCGUCGUGGUCGCCAGGGACCGGUGUCACCGUUGACACCGAUGAGCAGAAGAUUUAUCUCUGGCAGUGCCUUCUGCACUCCAGCCACCGUGUGCUGGAGGACCAGCACGUCGCCUCGACGCGUUUCGAGAAGGUCGGUCCGGAGAUCGAGAAAGCUCUCAAGCAGAAGACCAUCUACCCAUGGGCGGCGCUAACCAGCCUGCAGGCUCCGAAGUUCCUGAGCGAUAUGGUGGAGAGCCUGCUCGGCGCCGUUUUCCUCGACUCCGAGGGUGACUUCACCGCCGUGUGCGACGUGCUGCGCACCCUCGGAAUCAUGGAGGUUUUGGAGCGCAUCAUUGAUCGCAACGAGAUGGACGUGCUGCAUCCCAUCUCGCGCCUAACGAUGUGGGCGGCCCAGCAGGACCCGCAGCAGAAGGUCAAGCUCGAUGUGAAGAAGAAGGAAGGGAAUGUCAGCUGCGCGGUGCUCAUGGACGAAGAAGAGAUCGUGAAGGUGACGGAGGUGUAUCACAGCAGAGCAAGCCAGGAAGAGGUCCGCUUCGCUGCAGCGGAGCAAGCAAUCAAGAAGUUGCGGGUGUUGGAAGAGGAGGAAGAGGAGGACGCAGUAGAUGAAGAAGACAACACCUGGGCUGAUGACAUCCCCGAGUAUGAUUGGUGA